ACCACUAGGGACCGAUGAUUCCUAAUAGGGCGGAGGGAGGGUCACUAAGCAAUAUGAAUGCUAGUCGCGUGCCUGCACAGGAAGAGUAAAACUGGCUUAAGUCCGUGCCCACGUUCCGGGCUUGGGUCGUAUCCUCAGGGAGGGAGCAGGGUAACAGUUCGGUAAGGCCUUGUGAGAAAGGUGGGCUUGUGGUUUGGCCUGGCGUCGCUCUUCUGUCACGGAGAACCAUGUUCGGUGGUGUAGAAGUGUCCCAGAACCUGGAACAUGCUAAUUCCAUUUUCAAUGAAGAACUGCUUCCGGUUACUUUGCCACCAUAAGGUCCCAACAGCUGGCUUUAAAAUCCCAGCCACACGUGGGCUCAUUUUACAGUCACUCUCUCAUGAUGUGUAUCAAAAUCUGGCUAUAGAAGACUGGAUCCAAGACCACAUAAAUCUGGAAGGCAAGCCAAUUCUUUUCCUGUGGAGAAACUCUCCCUCUGUUGUCAUUGGUAGGCACCAGAAUCCAUGGCAGGAGUGUAACCUCCAUUUGCUGAGACAGGGCGGAAUAAAGCUGGCUCGGAGGAAGAGUGGAGGCGGAACUGUGUACCACGAUUUGGGUAACAUCAAUCUCACCUUCUUUACCACCAAAGCCAAGUAUGACAGAAUGGAGAAUCUGAAGUUAAUCGUCAGAGCUCUAAAUGCUGUCCAGCCGCAGCUGGACGUGCAGCCUACGAAGAAGUUUGACCUGUUGCUGGACGGGCAGUUUAAACUCUCAGGGACCGCUUCGAAGAUCGGCCGGGCCGCCGCGUACCACCACUGCACCUUGUUGUGCAGUACUGACAGGGCGGCCUUGUCGUCUCUGCUGAAGAGCCCGUACCACGGGAUAAAGAGCAACGCCACUGCCAGCAUCCCUGCCGCGGUCAAAAACCUCAGGGAAAAAGACCCCACGCUGACCUGUGACGUUCUGAUGAGUGCUGUUGCUGCAGAGUACGCCGACUAUCAUCAGAUUGACAAUCAUGUUAACCUAAUAAACCCCGAAGACGAGACGGCAUUUCCCGGAAUAAACAGCAGAAUCAAAGAACUGCAAAGUUGGGAGUGGGUAUUCGGCCGGACUCCCAGGUUUAGUGUGAACACCACAUUCCAUGUGCCGUAUGAGCAGGCGCAUUUGGAGAUUCAAGUGUUCAUAGACGUAAAGAAUGGACGAAUUGAAACCUGUGACAUUAAGGCACCUGGUCACUGGCUGCCACUGGAAAUAGGUGACAAAUUAAACACAAGCCUUAUUGGCAGCAAAUUCUGCCCCAUUGAAACCAGCCUGCUAACAAACAUGCUACUGAGGACAUGCCCAGACGACCAUCACUUGCACAGUCGAUGGAAUAUUCUGUGUGAGAGAAUCCGGGGGAUAAUGUGACCCUAAGGGACUCACUCUCUAGUGACAAUUUCAGUAAGAAAAUUAUAAACAUAUGGAAUUUAUUUAGUGUCUGUUAAAGAAAUAGGGGUGCCAGAUUCGGCUUGUCUGGCCUGAGAUGGCAGGUUACUAGUUUCUGCUCCUCAGCUUUUGUCACAGACUUUGACUGAUGAUUUGUUAAGAGUUGAGGCCUUCAGACAUGAGCCUUUCUGGCCCCCAUCUUCCUCAGCAAUUCUCUUUUCAUUAAACUUCAAGGAAGAAACUGUGUCCAUUUCUUCAAAGCUAACCUCCUACCUGGAUUGUGUCCUUUCCUGCUUGUGUUUUGGCUUGUACCAUUGAAUUUUUUUUAAAGCAAAGAGUGUUAGUUAGGGUUUCUAUUGCUGUGAUAAAACACCAUGACCAAAACAACGUGGGGAGGAAAGGGUUUAUUUCAUCUUACAGUUCCACAUCACAGUCCAUCACUGAAAGUUAGAGAAAUUCAAGGUAAAACUGGGGCAGAGGCCAUGGCGGGGGGGUAUUUACUGGCUUCUCAGCCUGCUCUCUUACAGCCCCCAGGACCACCAGCCCAGGGGCAGCACUGCCCGUCCUGAGCUGGACCCUUCUACAUCAACCAAAAGAAAACCCCACAGACUUGCACACAGGCCAGUGUGGUAGGUGCAUUUUUCUCAGCUUGAGGUUCCUUCUUCCCAAAAUGGCUGUACCUUGUGUCAAGUAAACUAGUAAGUACCAUGUCUCAGCAUGCAGCCCUAGCCAGCCUAGGACUUGCUAUGUGGAUCAGGUUGGCCUUGAACUCGGAGAUCUGCCUCUUCCUCCUGAGUGUUGGGAUUAAAGAUGUGCGCCCCCAUGAUGAGUGAUUCAUAAAUUUAUUAUCUUGCAUUUGGUCUUCUAUUGGGUCCUUAACCAGAGUGAAUUUGCACUUCCCAAACUUCCCUGCUAAGAUGCUUUUCUUCAUAUCUUUACUUUUCCAACUUUCUCAUACUCCAAACUUUUUCAGAGACUUCCGUCACUGUUGGUGGCUUCUUAACUACAUCUAAUCGAUCCCUUCCUACAGUACCGGGUAUUCAUUGAGCACAUACUGUUUGUGAAUUGACAGAUUGAGUAAAUCGGUGUUUUAAUAUAACAGGGUAGAAUUAGAGUAAAAAUGCUUUUUUUUUUUUUUUUUUUAACGUGGAGCAUACAUUCAUUUAGUUCAAAGCUGCGCCUUUUCAUGGAAGGCUUCCACCUGUCAGUCUGUAGCUCAUGGUAGUCUGCUGCCCACCUAGAAUGAACCACUACUGUUACCUCAGGUAACAGCAGUUUCUGAUGCUCUUUACUGGGAGCAUCAGGAAACCGAGUAUAGGCUGAAGUUUAGGAGAAUACUGAGCACUAAGCUUGUUUUGUUUUGAGGCCUGAACCAGACUCCCAGGGACACCAAGCCAUGCACUAGCCAGCUGCUCCCAACUCUUGUAUUUAGAAGGCAAGAUGGAGAAGUGUGCUUGAGGAAAACGAUUUCAAGAAAGGAGUGGCCAGCUGCAUGAAAUACUCCCGACAGGCCAGCUAUUACAUUUCGAAAGAGGCCAUUAGAAGAGGAUGGGGAUUAAGGAAGGAUGAGAGAAUGGAGAAGUGGAUAUGAUCAUGACCAUCAUGAAAAGGUCACGGAGCCCAUUCUGUAUCACUAGUGGAUGUCGAUAAACAGCACUUUAAAAAGUGCUGGUGUGAUAGCACACACCUGAACCUCAGCAUUAGGGGGCUGAAGUAGGAAACUACCAUUCUGAAACCAGCCCUUACUGCAGAGUGAAACCCAGGCUCACCUACCACGUGUCCACGGAGUUAGGUGGUCUAAUGGUUACUUCCGACCUUAAUGGCCUCCCUGCAGUGCCCUGCGCAGCAGCUAAGUGGGAAGUGAGUAGAAGCAUGAACAGGUGGUGAGGAAAUGCAAAAGCAACCCUAAGAAGUUUUGUUCAUGGAAAACAGAAAGCAGGGCAGCAGCUUGCUGGGGAUGUGCUGUUAGCUCCUCUGACUAGGACUGGUCUCUUGGGCCGGGCAGGUUGUCUGAAUCGGCAGAACUAUCUUGGUAGUUGUCAGAAUUGACAACUAUCUUAAGUGCUUGCUUGUGGUGCCAGAGACAGUAGCCAGGACCUGGCCCAGGCUAGAUACAGUGCUGUCCUCUGAGCUCCAUCUUCAGUCACACAUUUUCCCUCUCGCUGUUAGGCCCACAGCCCUCCUGUCUCUUACAGGCACUGUAGACUGAUUCUCCUUCUGGAAUUCCAAGAGCAAGACUAACAUCCUGUUGUCCUCAUAACAACUGGACAAGACUUGCUGAGCUACCCUCCAGCAACCAGAAGCUGGUGAAAUCUCUCAGUUAACUCCACAACUUAAAUAGGAACAUUGUGAAUCAACUGAACAGCACACUUACAGAUGAGCAGAUCCAGAAAUC